AUGGAAAAGCAAACUGAGGACAAUGUAGUUCUAGUGCAUAACCCUUUUAAUGCUUUGUUAGAAGUAGAAAAAGAUACGAGUAAAGGAAGGGAGGUACAGGGAGAGGCAAUAGCUAUAGUGACUGAUGAUACCAGUGGAAGGGAGAGGAAUGAUAAUGAAGUGUGUCAAGGGCCUUGGGUAGUACUUGGAGACUUUAAUGCCAUAUCUAGUAUUGAAGAUAGACUGGGGAGCCUUGUGAGAUUGGCUGAAAUAGGUCCUAUGUUAGAAUGUAUGAAUGAUUGUGAGCUGGUGGAUAUCAAGGCUAGUGGUAGGUAUUAUACCUGGACAAACAAACAGGAGGGUGAUGUUCGAGUGUUCUCAAGAAUUGAUAGAGUGCUAGUCCAUAGUUAUUGGAUGGAGAGUUUUGAACUUGCUGAAGCUACCUUCUUACCAAAAGGCAACUUUUAUCACACUCUCAUCCUACUAUGUGUUUACCCUGAUAUUCAAAGGAAGAAGCCAUUUAGGUUUUGUAAUGCAUGGUGUUCAUACCCUGAACUACUGGAGGUUGUGAAGUAG